AUGAAGGCUAUCAUCAAGAGAAACAUUCAACAAAUAAUAGCAUCCAUAACUAAUAAAUUUGUAAUUAUAUAUUUUUUUGGACAAUGCUUUCAGUUAAUUGGUAGUGGGUUGGACCUUGUAGAAGGUUUGGCUUAUGACUGGAUCACUGGUAAUAUAUAUUGGGUAGACUCUCGCCUUAAUGCUUUGGAAGUCUCACGGAGAGAUGGCACAUUCCGCAUCAUUCUGCUCAACAAAAAUAUCUCUCAACCAAGAGGACUUUCCAUUGAUCCAUUGGAAGGUUCUCGCUGGCUAUUUUGGACUGACUGGGGAGAAAAUCCUCGAAUUGAACGAGUAAGCCUUGAUGGCCAGAAACGAUCUGUUAUAAUCAACUCCAAGAUAUUUUGGCCCAAUGGACUUACUGUAGACAUUCCAAAUAGACGCAUCUACUUUGCUGAUUCAAAACUAGACUAUAUAGAUUUCUGCAAUUAUGAUGGAACUGGGAGACAGCAAGUGCUGUCUCAGAGCCAUUACCUGCUGCAUCCACACUCUCUAUCUAUUUUUGAAGACAAUGUUUACUGGACUGACCGUCAGCUCAACAGAGUUUUGUCAGCACACAAGUUCAGUGGCAAGAAUGAGACUGUUGUGUCACAUCUGGUAUCACAGCCACUGAGCAUACAUGUACACCAUCCCAUUUUACAGCCUUCUGAGGAAAAUCCAUGUGUUUCCAACCCUUGUGCACACAUUUGUCUCCUUAAGCAGCCUACUGGUUAUACAUGCUUGUGCCGUCCUGGUUACAGACUUCAUGGCAGUAAAUGUAAUGUAGAGGAAACCCCCUAUCUAAUGGUAAUGAAGGGAAGCCAGAUAGUGGAUGUUGCACUUACACCUGGGGAGAAAGGUGCUGCAGGAUUCCUCACACCCAUUGUGGGAGUGGAAAAUGGACUCCAACUAGAUUAUGACCGUAACAAUGAACGAAUUUUCUGGCUUGAAGCCAUUGCAAAGGAUAGUGAAAAUGGUACAAUCUAUACAAUGAAUAUUGGAGGUGGUAAUAGAUCAACUUACUUGGAUUUGGGAAUUGUUGGAUCUCCUUACACUAUGGCCUGGGAUUGGGUUGGUCAAAAUAUGUUUAUUGGAAACCGUGUUGCCAACAACCUUGAGGUCCUGAAACUGGAUGGCAAGAACAAAUACCAGAGUGUGAUCCUAGACAACACUGGUAACGCCACUGGUGUAGGCAGACCCAAAUCUAUGUGUCUUGAUCCUGUGGAUGGGUUCUUAUAUUGGCUGGAUGAUGGUGGUGUUGGUGUUCCUGCUAAGGUUGGUAAAGUUGGAAUGGAUGGUAGCAAUCCUGUCAUCUUAUACAACUUUACAAAUCUUCAACCAGAAGUUAUCACAAUUGACAUUGAAACAAAGACUUUAUAUUGGUCAACGAGUAAUCAGGCACAGAUAAUGACAAGUGAUGUAUAUGGAAGCAAUGUAAAGACAAUUCUUACAGAAACUAACAAUAUAGCUCGCCCUAAAGCUCUGGCUGUUUAUGAGAGCAGCUUGUACUAUCUGGACUCCUUGUAUGAAAAAGUAGAACGUGUGGAUUUGCCAGAUGGAGGAAAUCCACAGGUAUUGCUGGAGAAUGAACCUGAGCUUAAGUCUUUGAAGGUGUUCCAGAAGAGGCCAGUUGUAAACUCCAAUCCAUGUAUGGUGGGUAAUGGUGGAUGUGAACAUAUAUGCAUCCCUAAGAACAGCAAACAACGAACCUGUAGGUGCACAACUGGUUACAGAGCUGAUGGUGAGAAAGCCUGCAAACCCUAUGAUAAAUUUGCAAUUGUAUCCCAGUUGGAAAUUGUACGGGGCUACAGUUUAGAUGGGGCAGGAGAAUCCAUGUCUCCUAUUGCUGGUCCAGGUCACAAUGUUCUUCACAUAGAUUAUCACUAUUCCAAAAACUACAUUUAUUGGAUUGAGUUCAAUCAAGGAGGUUCCAAUGGCAUUUACCGAUCAAGACCCAAUGGUUCUGAUUACGAAGGUGUUGUCACAGAUGGUAUUGGCGCUAACGGAAUCCGUGGCAUAGCUAUUGAUUGGAUUGCCAACAACAUGUAUUUCACUAAUGUGUUCCCUCAUGAAACUUAUGUUGAAGUGUCUUGGCUGGAUGGAACCAACAGGAUGGUUUUGAAGAGUUUAACAAAGGACUCACCUAGAGAACUGGCAGUUAAUCCAAUUAAGAGGUACUUGUACUGGCUUGAUUAUGGUCAGUUCCCCAUGAUAGGCAGAUCAUUCCUUGAUGGUACAAACUGGAAACCAAUUGUGACUCAAGGGAUUAGUAAUCCACGUGACCUCACCAUUGAUAUGUUUUCCCAUGAUGUCUACUGGGUUGAUGCUAACCUAGAUGCCAUCAACAAAGUCAGUUUUAGUGGUGGAAACCGGCAGUUUAUUCGUCGUUAUUUACCAAAUCCUAUGGGUCUUGCUCUUCACAAUAACUAUGUCUACUGGAUUGACCGUAACCUUGGUACUAUCUUCCGAGCAUCCAAAUACCCUGGCAACACAACACAGUCAGAACGAUUCAAGACUAAUAUGAAUAAUCUUAGAGAUAUUGCCAUUUUCGAUGUCAGCAAUCAGCCAUCAAAGGCUGAUACACCUUGUACAAGAUUAGGAAAUGGAGGCUGUGCUCAACUCUGUUUCUCUUUACCCGCUGACCAACCAGUUGAUGCUAGAUACCGGUGUUCCUGUGCUACUGGUGUGUUGGCUGAGGACAAACGAAGUUGUGAAGAUUCCAAGGAGUUCCUUAUCUUUGCUACUAGAGCAGAAAUCCGCAGUCUGUCUCUGACCCCCAAACACAGUGUUGUGCCAUUUGAAACAGUUAAGGGAUUGACCAAUGUUGUUGGCAUUGAUUUUGAUUACAAGGGCAAGCAAAUUGUGUUCACUCAGAUUAGACCAGACACAAAAAUUGCUAAGAUUCCCAGUUCAUCGCCAUCUGUAGAUGAUGUCACAACUAUCUUGGCUGUUGGUAUUAAUCCUGAAGGUGUAGCCUAUGACUGGACAUCCAAAAAGAUUUAUUGGACUGAUUCUGGUAAUAACAGUAUUUAUGCCAUGAAUGCAGAUGGUUCACACAUUGUUAUGAUCAUUCAAGUAGACCGACCUCGUGCACUUGUUUUGGAUCCCUGUAGAGGGCACAUGUAUUUUACUGACUGGGGAAGGUUUGGCACUUCAGGCAAGAUCUAUCGUUCCACAAUGGCAGGGUCCUUUAAAAAGGUAAUCAUUGGAGAUGAUCUCUCUCAGCCCAGUGGCUUGCUAUUGACUAUAAAGAGAGAUGCUCUACUGGACAGAUGCUCACCAGGGAAAAAGUGUGAACCUGGACAAUUCCAGUGUAAAAAUGGAGAGUGCAUAGAAAUGAAGCUGGUGUGCAACAAAGUUAGUGAAUGCUCUGAUGAUUCUGAUGAGCCACUUCACUGCAAUGUUGAUGAAUGUGCCAAGGUGGAACUGCAUCAAUGUGGACAUAAAUGUAUUAAUACCAUCAUAGGAUUUGAAUGUGCUUGUAACACAGGAUACAAGUUAAUGCCAGAUGGCAAAGCAUGUGAGGAUGUGAAUGAAUGCACAGAGGUCCCUGGUGUAUGUUCACAAAAACAUAGUAAACAGCUAGAUGUAGCAGAACUUAAUGGCACUAAUCGCAAAACUUUGAAAGCCAGUGGAAUUAAUGAUCCAAGAGCAGUAGCAAUUCAUCCUGGUAUUGGCUAUGUAUACUUCACUGACUGGCAUCUUCAAACCUACAUAGGUCGUAUUGGAAUGGAUGGGUCAAACUUUUCUCGUAUUCUUAGCUUUGAUGAUAAGGUGGCAGGCAAGAUCUAUCGUUCCACAAUGGCAGGGUCCUUUAAAAAGGUAAUCAUUGGAGAUGAUCUCUCUCAGCCCAGUGGCUUGGCUAUUGACUAUAAAGAGGAGAUGCUCUACUGGACAGAUGCUGUCAAAGAGAAAAUUGAAAGAUCUUUCCUCAAUGGAACAAAGAGAGAGGGGUGCGAAAAAAACGAAUUUACUUGCAAUGCUAAUAAACAAUGGGGACGUGCAAUGUGUAUUCCCAAGAAAUGGGUGUGUGAUGGUGACCCAGACUGUGUUGAUGGUGCUGAUGAAAAUUCUACAAUGUUGUAUUGUCCUCCACCAGAAGAUUGUGGAGAUAAUGAAUUCAGGUGUAACAACAGGCGUUGCAUCAGUAAGGACUGGGAGUGUGACUUCGACAAUGACUGUGGUGAUGGUUCUGAUGAAGGGCUCGCAUGCAAUAAUAAAUAUCGUGAGUGCACUGUUGAUGAAUUCAACUGUACUAAUGCCAAGUGUGUUCGGAAGACCUAUCAUUGUGAUGGAGAAGAUGAUUGUGGUGAUAACUCUGAUGAAGUUGGAUGUGCACCAGGGAAAAAGUGUGAACCUGGACAAUUCCAGUGUAAAAAUGGAGAGUGCAUAGAAAUGAAGCUGGUGUGCAACAAAGUUAGUGAAUGCUCUGAUGAUUCUGAUGAGCCACUUCACUGCAAUGUUGAUGAAUGUGCCAAGGUGGAACUGCAUCAAUGUGGACAUAAAUGUAUUAAUACCAUCAUAGGAUUUGAAUGUGCUUGUAACACAGGAUACAAGUUAAUGCCAGAUGGCAAAGCAUGUGAGGAUGUGAAUGAAUGCACAGAGGUCCCUGGUGUAUGUUCACAAAAGUGCUUCAACACUCCAGGCUCUUACAACUGCAAGUGUGAAGAAACAUACUAUGAACGAGAACCAGAUGGUAAAACAUGCAAACGUCUAGAUAAGACAGUUCCUUGGUUGUUCUUCACUAAUAAAUACUAUGUGAGAAGGCUGACUACUGAUGGCUCACAGUAUUUGCUAAUGCAUCAAGAUCUUAGAAAUGUUGUUGCUCUAGAUUUUGACAACAAAGAAGAGAUGUUGUACUUCGCAGAUGUUACUGCAAAGACUAUAUACAGAGGUAAUAUUAAUGGUACCGAGAAAGAAGAAAUUAUUAAGCAUGAUAGUCAUGGCCUUGAAGGCCUAGCAGUAGAUUGGAUUGGUCGAAAAAUUUAUUGGUUGGACAGACAUAGUAAACAGCUAGAUGUAGCAGAACUUAAUGGCACUAAUCGCAAAACUUUGAAAGCCAGUGGAAUUAAUGAUCCAAGAGCAGUAGCAAUUCAUCCUGGUAUUGGCUAUGUAUACUUCACUGACUGGCAUCUUCAAACCUACAUAGGUCGUAUUGGAAUGGAUGGGUCAAACUUUUCUCGUAUUCUUAGCUUUGAUGAUAAGGUGAUAUGGCCAAAUGCCCUCACUUUUGACUAUUUUACUGACAGAAUUUAUUGGGCUGAUGCUCAUCUUGAUUACAUAGCAUAUGCAGAUCUCGAUGGUAAAAAUCGUCAUGAGAUCAUAAGUGGUGCUAAAGUGCCUCAUGUUUUUGCCAUCACUGUGUUCGAUGAUUAUAUGUACUGGACAGACUGGAAUUUGAAGGCAAUACUGAAAGCUAACAAGUUUACUGGUGAAGGCCUCCAGUUCCUGCGUAACACCACUCACCGACCAUAUGACAUACAUAUGUACCAUCCUCUACGUCAGCUACCAUAUGACAACCCUUGUGGUGAUAACAAUGGUGGCUGCUCGCAUUUAUGCCUACUCUCACCCACUGUAAAUGGAGUAUCAUACACCUGUGCUUGCCCAGACCAGUUCUACCUAGAGCGAAACAACAAAACUUGCAUUGCCAACUGCACUCGGGGACAGUACCGCUGUUCAGGAGCAGACGACAAGUGUAUUCCUAAAUACUGGAGGUGUGACGGUGAGAAGGACUGUGCUGAUGGAACUGAUGAGCCUCCAGGCAAUAUUUGUCCUAAGCGAAAUUGUAGACCAGGACAGUUUCAGUGUAAUGAUGGCCAUGGUUGUGCUGCGGCAACACAGCUUUGUGAUGGACAAAAUGACUGUAAUGAUGGGUCUGAUGAGAGCAACUGUCAGUUGGAAUGUACAGAAUUGGAAUUUAAGUGUAAGACCACAGGCAAAUGUAUCAACAUAGCCUGGAAGUGUGACGGGGACAAGGACUGCCGUGACGGCUCAGAUGAGGAUAAUUGCGAUAAUCGGCCAUGUGACAAAGAGACAGAGUUCCAGUGCAAGAAUGGCAAGUGCAUAUCCAAGCAAUGGUAUUGCGAUUUAGAUAAUGAUUGUGGUGAUCAUUCUGAUGAACCUGCUUUCCUCUGCCGACAAAAGAACUGCACCGAAGGAUGGAGAAGGUGUCCAGGUCGCACAAAUUACCGUUGUAUACCAGAAUGGCUGUUCUGUGAUGGCAAAGAUGAUUGUCGAGAUAAUACGGAUGAACUAGUUGAACAUUGCCCUAAGUGCCAUGAGAAUGGAGACUUCCAAUGUAAAAACAGACGCUGCAUCCCCAAGCGUUGGCUAUGUGACUUUGAGAACGACUGUGGUGAUAACUCUGAUGAGGAUGAAGAGCUUUGUCGUAGCCAGUAUCGUGAAUGCUCCGAGAGUGAAUUUCGUUGCAACAAUAACAAGUGUAUUCCAAACCGCUGGCGAUGUGAUCAUGAUAAUGAUUGUGGAGACAAAUCAGAUGAAGAGAAUUGUAAAGAACAUAAAUGCACAGAUAGCCAGUAUCAGUGUUCAUCUGGCCAUUGCAUCCAGAAGCACUUUAAAUGUGAUGGUGAACGCAAUUGUCAUGACUUGAGCGACGAGUUAGAUUGUCCUCCACGUUAUCCAGGAGAACGUUAUUGUCCAGAUGAGAAAUUCCAGUGUGAUAACCAUCUUUGUGUGGAGAUGCGAGAUCUUUGUGAUGGAAGCAAUGAUUGCUAUGAUAACUCUGACGAACGUGAAAGUCUUUGCAGCAAUUACACGUGCAACACAUUACGUCGUUUCCAGUGCAACAACCACAAAUGCAUCCCGUUGUAUCAAAAAUGUGAUGGUGUAGACAACUGUGGUGAUGGAUCAGAUGAAAACAACAUGACUAUUUGCUCCCAUCGACCCAGACCUUGCAUAUUUAAUGAGUAUCGCUGUGCCAAUCACAAGUGCAUUGCUCCUACCAAAGCCUGUGAUCAUGCUGAUGACUGUGGAGAUUCGUCUGAUGAACUUGGUUGCCAUACAGCUUCAAACUGCACAACUGGUGGAUGUGAACAGUCAUGCUUUAAUCUUAAAGAUGGUGGCUAUAUUUGUCAUUGUCAGCGAGGAUUCCGGAUUUCACCCAACAAUCCAAAAGUAUGCGAAGAUAUUGAUGAAUGUGCAGAGUUUAUACAUAAUUGUUCACAGUUGUGUACUAAUUUGAAUGGAACUCAUGCUUGUUCCUGUCGAGAAGGUUUUGAGCCAGAGAUAAAUGGCGUUUGCCGCUUAAAAGAAGGAGCUAUUACUCUUGUUUAUUCAGAUAGCCCAGAAAUUCGAGCUUUUAAUUUAACUUCUAAUAGAGCAAUGAAUGUUAUCAAAGGGGAUAGUAUUGAGUCUCUUGAUUAUGAACCUAAAUCUGGUAUUGUAUACUGGACAGAUUCAUAUGGUAAAACAAUCAAGCGAUCUUAUCUACCAGGGUCUCCUGAAAGAGCAAAUGUGACGAUGGGUUAUGCACAGAAUUUGGAAAUCAAAAGCCGAGCUAAACCCACAGGCCUUGCUAUUGACUGGGCAGCCAUGAAUCUGUACUGGAGUGAAACAGAUCGUACAGGCAAUAAGCCUCGUGGUGCAAUAUUGGUGGCUACAUUGGAUGGACGGUAUCGGCACUCAGUCAUUGCCACUGGCCUGGAAGAUCCUACCUCUGUAGUUGUUGAUCCUGAUCAUGGUUAUAUGUUCUGGACAGAUAUUGGCUCUAUACCAAAGAUUGAAACGUCUUGGAUGGAUGGCAGCAAAAGACGAAUUCUUGUAUCGGACUCUAUUAGCCAGCCCACAGGACUUGCAAUUGAUUUUGCCAUGGAACACACACUGUAUUGGGUUGACGCCAAACUUAAUAAAAUUGAAAUGAUGCGUGAAGAUGGUUCUAGAAGAACUCUUGUUGCUACAGGAAACCACUUGAGACAUCCUCUGUCCUUAGAUGUGUUCGAGUCCAGUAUAUACUGGGUUACACGUGAUUCAGGAGAAAUCUAUAGCAUGGAUAAGUUUGGACGGGGAGUUCCAGUAAAGCUUCCAGGAGAGUAUGCUAACCCAUCUAGCAUAAAAGUUUUUGCAGACAAGAGAUACAAUACAAGCAUGAUUAGUAUAUGUCAGAGAGACACUCCAUGCAGCCAUCUGUGUCUUAUUAUUCCUGGAGGUUAUAAAUGUGCUUGUCCUGACAACAAAGGAGUAAAGAACACCUAUCCCAAUUGUGAUGCUCCACAUGAGCCUAUGAAAGCAAAACCCCUAGGUUGUGGGUGUUUCAAUGGAGGCAUCUGUGUCCUGAACAGUUCUAACGUUCUUCGUUGUGAGUGCCGUGAGGGCUACUCUGGAGAACUUUGUGAGACCUAUGUGGCACGCAGUUUUAUUCCACGGCAGCCUUGGUCACCCGCCACUGUGAUUGUACCCAUAGUUCUUAUCAUCCUAGUGUUAGGCGUUCUUGCAGCUCUUUAUGUCUUCUUUAAUCGUCGCCACAUAACACUGAAAGGCCGUGGUCUUCCUGGUUCUAGUGUCGUGUUCAGACAGGGAACAAAUGUCGAGAUAGGACCACCUUCAUUCAUGGCACCUCCAGACGGAGCUAAUGGGGUGCCUAUAGAGGGAGAUGUUAAUCUUGGUGAAAUUGCUGCAAAGAAUCAUAACUUCAGCAAUCCUAUGUAUGAUGCCAUGGGAUCCAUGGAGGGAGCUGCAACAGAACAGACAAAUACAAAAGGUCUUUAUGAAGUGCCCUUAGAUACCAGUAAGACUAAGGGUUACAGCAUGGAGGCACAGGAGACCAGUAAUGGGUCAACACAACCUCCACCCCUAGCUGUUCUCUCUCCAUCAGCCAUGAUGCAAAAAACUUCACCUAAUAUACAAAUUCGUAAAAAAGAGCUAAGUCCUUCUAGUAAUGACACUGGCAAGGACACUCAAAAGCUGGUGGUGGAGGAUGAUAACUCUGAAUGUUAAGACUAUAUUGAAAUUUGCGUUAUACGCAGAAACUAUUAACUGAUUCAGCGCUGCCACUACCUGUGCUAAGGGAUGCCGUCCCAAAUGCAAACCAGAUCAUGAUAAUUUUAUUUUAAUCGAAAGUCAGAUAAUGAUAUAAGGCUGUUGCGUACUGAUGUGUAAGUUUGAGAUUAUUCAGUGUAUUGAUACAUUUGUGAAAUUUUGUAAUGUACAAUUUUUAAGCAAGGUUAAAUUUGUUACUGUAACUAAAAUGUUUUUGGUGCUUAGUGUAUGAAAUGACUUAAGAGUGGAAGUAAUUUCAUCAUGUGAAGAUAUGAUGUUUAUAUUAGAUACGAGUUCUUUAGAACUCGUGAAAUAAUUUUUUAAAUAUACAAUGUAGUAAAUGCAUUGGUUGGAUAUACAUAGUAAGAUGUAAAUUGCUCUAUUUUUACACAAGCAUAUAGACUGUUUGUAUAUUUUCAUCUUUGUAGAACCAAGAUUUUUAUUUUAGUUAAUUUAGGGCCAAGGGUCUUAAACUUACAAAUGGUCCUGAUUUUACCAUAGUUAUACAUUUUCCUCCUAUUUAUCUCAUUGCUAACACUUCCUUGUUUUAGAGGCAUUGAAUGAAUUUAGAUUUCAUAUAUGAAGUGACAUAUGUCUUUUAUAUUGAAGCCAAGCCGUCCACAUUAAAUAUUAUGACACAUUCCAUGUGGUAGAGUAUCAAUGAUGUACUUAUUUGAAGUGACUAUGUACAAUAAAUAUUUUGUUAAGUAUGGGUUAGUGAAUCCUACCAAAUGAGCUGACCACUGGUAAGAGCCUUGUAGAUGACUGUGUUUGGUUGAUUCUCGAAGAAUUUUAAAAUGAAGAAAUAAAUAUAUUUUAAAAUUUUAGGUACCCACCUAUUGUCCUUGAGAUAACUUGAGGGCUUUAUAUAUAUAUAUACAUAUAUAUAUAUAUAUACACAUAUAUAUAUUGCAGAGGCACCACUGCUUUUACCAAUGGAAUUCUUCCUAUGGACAUUUUAUUGUAAAUAAUGGUGUGUAAAUACUGAAGACUUAUUUGAUUUAUUCCAUUUUGCUGUGAGUGGAGAGUCUAUUGUAGAUCAUUUACUCAAUCACAUUUGACGUUAUUGAAAUGUCACAAAUGUGUAUUACUUGACCCAUCAUAAGGAGUCCUAUCCUAACUACAUUUCUGAUGAGGUUGUAUUAUGUUGAUUUGUUUCCAUUGUUAUAGGCAGUGCAAUAAUUAAUAAUGUUAAUGUUAACAUAAAAUUUGUUAUUUUCCUUACUAGGGGGUGGGAGGGCUAGAAAUUUGAUAUGUAAUCAACAAAAAAUUGUACUGUAUAUCAAAUAAAAUAAAAGUUUAAAUACAAAUUUCA